GGGCUAGUUGCAGUAUGGCGCUAAACCUACAAAAUAACAGCCUGCGAGCGGGCAUUUUAUGAGUGAAUAAUUCUCACCCUGGGUAUUGUUCCCUUCUUUCUUCAUUCCUUUCUCCCUCACCCGUCUUGGGUAGCACAGUCAUAAAGUUUGCCACGAGACUGAGCCCUACAGUCUACCUCUCACAUUCAUCCUUCGUCAUUUCCUUACAGCCAAUUUGUACCGUUGAGUGAUUCUUGUCUCCGGCCUUCUCACACACAGGUCGCAGCUGAUUAGCCGCCUCGUACGGGCGGAUGUCGUGCAGUCCACCUCCAUCCCAGGACUAUCAACUGUCGAGAUAAAGAAAAAGAUCGUUACAAGAGUGUCGCUGCGCGAGCAAAAGGCAAAGUUCACUGACGCCAGUUGUUGGAAUAUUAUGACACGAUGGUGUAGGCGCGCUUGCACGCGCGCUCGCACGCACGCACACACACCGUGCACAAUCACUGACGACAGGCAAAGGGCCCUCACCUCAAUUUAGCAUCGCCGCCAUUUCAUCAAUCAUCAUUAUUGCCGCCCCGCUACCCCCUUCCGCCCCCUGCUGUGCCGUGCUUUCAAUUUCGCCGAAGAAUCGCGGGGAGGAGUCAGCCGUCAAUCGCCUGUCACAUGCCCCCGCCACAGGCCCGCCACCAAUUUGAGUCGACCAAUGAGAUGCGGGACGUUCAGCCACGUGACCUGGCCUGAUGGGUUCGGACUGGGGCGGGGUUUGGCGAGGACGCAUGGAAGUGGAGAAGAUGGAUAUCUGCAGGGGGGCUCCUCCCCAUCAGUUAGCGCCCAGUAGCUGGCCAAUGAUCCGAUGUUUAGGCUGUCGCUCUCUCUGUCAGCCUGUCGCCGCGUGAUUGAUGGCAGUCCCACAGAAGGAGGUGGAGGUUCGUUUCCCUCCCUUCCCCUGCCUGCUGUUGGAGCGCGCGGGGUAAAUGAAGCAAGUGGUCGCCCCUUGCUCGCCAUGCGCUGUCCUCACGUCAGCUCCACGGUGUCCAGCACUUGUCUCCACUCACUUCAGCUCAGGUCUGUGGCUAGGACCUUUCGAUGAACCUUGUCCUUCCAGUCCGUCAUCCUCAUCGUGGUCAGCCUUUCAUCACAGCAAAUUGUCAUGAUCAAGGUUUCUUCUUGAGACUAUGAUCUAGUGGCCACCCGAAAACAUGCACCCGUGUUGUUUUUCUGCCAGAGAAACUAAGCUAGUGUGAAGGAAGUGAUUAGAGAACCUGCUGGGACGAGCUUCUGCGACAACAGCUUUGAUCAACAUCCGCCUCAAGAAGUUGACUGAGGUUAGAACUGAGUUUCUCUGUAAUGACACCACACGUCCAGUGGCAAUGUGUCAACAAAGUGAACCGCCACCCGUUGUGGACACUCGCCACCAGAAGUGACGCCAGGAUGUGCACAAUGUCGGACUCAUUACAAAGUCUAACCGUAUUACUAACCUCAAGAAAAACGAACUUUGAGAAAGGGCCUUGCCAUCGAUGUAACGUCACAAUGCACAGGUCCUUGCCCUUUUCCCCCUUUUCCAUCGAUGCUCUUAUGUCGUCACAUCCGGGCACUCGCCAUCCCCCACCGCUGUACUACCCGCCUCCCUACCUGCUGUUUCCGCCGGCAUCUGUGCCCCCGCAUUGCCCUUGACACCUACCUCCGACCCACGGACCCUGUCUGCCAUCGGUCAGGGGUUUCCUCCCGUGACGCAGAUACCCCAGAUCACGUCAGACACGUCGCACAUGACGAGAAGAAUAUGUGCGCAGACGCAGUACCUGCACGGCGUUACCAUGACAACGUCCAGCUCCAGUUUAACGAGAUCGAUUCCUCUUUCUUCGUGCGGUGAUGUAAUGAGGUACGGAGUAGAUGAUGUGCAGACGACACCAAGCAGAGCUGGAGGAGCGGUCGGCGGUACCCGCCAGCAUGACGCACCUAGUCACGUCACCACAGCAGGUCAAGGCGUGACUAGGACCGAUGACAGACCGCUGCUGGACAUUGGAACAAGUGUGUCCACUCUGAGGGGUAACGCCAGUGCCAGCAGACGCCAUAACGGGCUUCCAACACGACCACCGGAUGUCGCGUGUGUCACGUAUUCCAGGAAUUUCUCGCGUGACCACGCGCUAGACACGCGUAUCUCUGGUAACAGUGGUAACGACGAGACAACUAGACUGUUGGGCGACAGAGAUGUCCACAAGCAGCUGGAAAUUACUACCACAGCGUCCUCUCGUGAUGGGAACGACUCCCAGGACAGCGACAUCAGCCACGACGCCAGUCCUGGUCACGUGGUGCAUGCUUGCUCCGUGAGUCCAGUCUCCGAUGCGCGAGACGUCAGCUACACGCGAUCGUCGAGCCCGGAGGAUUGUGGGAAAGAUGGAGGGCGGGAGCUGGCGAGCGUGGUGAAGUCAAGGCGACGUCGCACGGCCUUCACCAGCGAGCAGCUGCUGGAACUGGAGAAGGAGUUCCACAGCAAGAAGUAUCUGUCCCUCACCGAGCGCUCGCACAUCGCGCGUGCACUCAGACUCUCCGAGGUGCAGGUCAAAAUAUGGUUUCAGAACCGGCCCAAGUGGAAGAGGGUGAAGGCCGGGCUGGUGCACGCGAGGUCGGGGCUCGGGGGCACUUCCUGUAGUCAGGGCGAGCAGGGUCACAAACCCAAGAUCGUUGUGCCCAUCCCCGUGCACGUCAACAGGAUCGAUCGCAGCCAGCAUCAGCAGAUGGAGAAGACUCCCCGCCCCACAUCCUGACCUUCCGGGUGCUGACAGUCGGGUGACUGGGAUUCCUUUAUUGACCAUGUGGCAACGUUAGUCAGUGACUUCUACACCUAUUCACUGUGUCAAGACAAGCCGGGGCACCGGAAGGGAAUGCUAGACCAUGGUGUCAUGUGCAUAGGUGUGUCAUGUACAGCAAAUAACCAAGAUUAUUUAUUAUUAUUUUUUGCCAAAACGAAGCAGUUACAUACAGCAACUCCUGUCAUAUUCACUUACACUGUAAACUAAUGAAAAACUGAUCCUUAGAAACUCAUUAUGAUGCUCUUUAGUGCUGUUCACCUCCACUUAUCAAUCACAUGUUGAACCCACCAAACAAUAGAGAAAAACUUUUAGAGACAAUAUUGAAAUAGCUCUCUUUUUAGUUUGAGAAUGAAGUUUUUUAUGUAUUUUAUUAACAUGCUCAUGCAGAAAUUUCUACGUGUACAUGAAAGUUCAGUAGGCGUUCUCGCUACUGGGGUGACUUCAUAGUGAGGGGUGGUGGUAGGGGGGUCACUUUCCGCGAGUUUCCAUUGGCUAAGAUAUGAAGUGUUCAGGUAGAUAACACACUUGACAUGUGACGUUUUCAAAGACAUGUAGACUUACUUUGUUCCAAUUCAAUAAGCAUGCUACAAGUCGUUCCACUCCCAGCAUUCCCUACUCAGUCCUAGAGGUUUAGUCACACAAGUUACCCGUUACCAGACUAUUUUGAAGGAAAAGUCAUUUUCUGCUAUUUUGGUACUUGUGGAUUCAAAGUCGUAGGCUUUAAUGUGUCACAGUAAUUGUAGUAAACAUAAACACAGUGAUAACUUUUAAAAAACAAAAUAUUUGAAGAGUGCUUCCGUCUGAGGACAUGUCUGUGCGUGCCGGUGUGUAAACGAUGGUCAGCUAACGACAGUAGCACAAUCACACAAUAGUUGUGGAGAGAUGUGAUUUGAUGUGAUGUGAUGUGAUGAUCAUUGUCACAAGAUUCUCAUUUGUAAAACUGGCAAUACAAAGAAAAUGGUCA